AUGGAUUUGCCUAACAUUAAGGGGUUGCUGUCAAUGGACACCAUCGGCACCGCUGAUGACAACGACAUGGAUGCCGAUGACAAUGAGGAAGACCUGGACGAAGAACUGAACGCUAUAUUGAACCACCAGUUCAUCGGCGGUCAACACGAAACUAUGGAUGCCGAUGACAAUGAGGAAGACCUGGACGAAGAACUGAACGCUAUAUUGAGUGGACAGACGUAUAUACCGAAGAAUAAACAACACAAACAGACCACCAGUUCAUCGGCGGUCAACACGAAACGAGUCAAACAAAUGGAUGUAAAGCAGGCUAAGAGUCAGAGGACAUCCAGGAGUGACCACAAGCUGUCCGAUAACCCCAACAACGAGUUCGCCGUUUCCAACGAUUUAUUAAAUAUCGAGAAAUUGGGAAUAAUUGGUGACUCGGAUGAAGACGAUUCAGACAUCGAUGAGAAUGACGAACAGUUUCUGUCGGAAAUCCAUUCAAUCGCUUCCGAGACUAAGCCAUCGGAAAGGAAACCACAGAAGCAAACGGUGACCACAAGUGCUCCGAAUAGAAGUGACCACAAAAUGCCACAAACUAUUGGUCCCGACAAUCAAAACCUGAUUUCAUUUGCGACACAUCGCGAGAAACCAAUGAAUCCACAGAUUAGAGACGAUAUGUUUAAAUCUAAUUCAUCAAGCACAGGCACAGGCACUACAGAUUCUGGCACUACUGUCCAUCAGCCUAUUGAUGUGAAUAAACCCAAAGAAGUUGAUAAUAGCGACGAUAUAUCAAAACUGAAAGCACUGACAGAUGACUACAAAAAAGCCGCCCUUUUGGCCAAGAAGUCAGGCCAAGUGACCACUGCUUUAUCUCACGUCAAGACAGCAAAGCAAAUUGAGGUGUUAUUGAAGGCCUUAGAAGAAGGGAAAGCCGUGGAU